AUGUCUGCGCCAGUGCGCUCAGGGCCCACUAACCCCGAAGCAGAAGCAGACGAGGCCCUCCUCCAGCAUUUCGACGUCAAGGUCGGCAAAGACGGAACCCGACUCCUCCAGUGUCAUCUUUGCAAACGACUCGUGCGCAACGCCAUCUCCGCGUUGGAGUGGCAUCUCCAGUACGGCUGCCGUGAAGUCAAAAAGCGAAGCAAAAGCACCUCAACGCGCACCUCCAAGGGCUAUAGUCACCGCCGCAACGGCGAGGGUCUGGGUACCCAUGUCAACCAACGCCGAUUCGUAUGCCGCCGCUGCCACGAAAACGUGGGGUGGCGCACGACAUCACUGAGGGCCCAUGUGCAGACCUGUCUCCAAGGCAGGGUUCGAACGGUAGAAGGAGAAGCUUUCAUCGCCGAACUGCAACGAGAGCAUUUUGCGAUCUCCCCGGACGGCGACGGCGAAGGACCGUCCAUCUGGCGGAGAGCGACUUGUCGCUACUGCCAGAAUGUCAUGCAGGACCGUCUGCAAACAAUGGUCGAGCAUCUGGUUUGUCAUUGUCGUGCUGCUGCACAUGGGCGGGUACAGGGUAGAUCUGCUACUCCGGGGGGGAGUAGCGCCGUCUAA